AUGGAGGGCAAGUCAUUUCGUAGCAAUUUAAGAACUGCCAAGUACCCUGAUAAAAAGACUAAGAAAUCUAUAUUUUCUAAAUUUAAGCAGGUGAUUGAACCGUUAAUUGAUAAGUUUGUGCGCCAAAAUGAUAAUAUGUCUAAUGGGGAUACUUCUAUCAAAUUUAAUCGUAGGACUGGAGAGACAGACACACGUUCUUCUUCAGUAAAUUUGCCUGGUAGUUUUUUUAAUCCCGAUAGUUCAUAUACUAGAAUCAUUGCAAGGGAUCACCAGGAUGAAACCUUAAUCAAUAAUUUCCCAGAUUCAAUUAGAGAUUUACAUGAUGAGGGAGAAUGUACGAUUGAUGCCGAUGUUUCUAAUGCUAAAUUAUCUGCUUUUUUUGCUGAAAAGGGCGACCAACCUUUAACUGAGAUUGAAAAAGAAGGUAUACUCUCGAUCAUCAAGAGAACUGUUGGUGUGAAUGAAAAGAGGAGUAACUUUGAUAAUAAAAGUGAAAUUGAGGGAAUAACAUCUUCAAGGGUCUUAAAAUCUGCCAAUAAUUCAAUGUGUAGUAGCCCACUGAACCCUCCAACAUUUAUACCUAAAUUUGAUAAUUUGCCAUCUCCUAGAAACUUAAGUUUACCAAUAUAUCCAAAAAGAAGACGUAUUUUCGACUAUUCUAGAACACCAUCGACAUAUAGAACCACUGUUUUAAAAUAUAGUUCUUUACCAUCGUCAUAUACCGUUUCUGAAAGCACUUUACCUAUCCAAGAGAAAAAUGAUUUUAACAAAGUAAACUCUGUUCAAAAGAAGAAAAAGAAGAUUAGUAAUACAGCUUCUGCAUUAUUAUCUUUAUUGGAUAACCAAGAAUCAGAAGUUAACGAAUCAUCUGAACUAGCAAACCCAUAUUCAGCACAUGUUAGUAAACUACGUAAUUAUAAAAAACAUCAGGUAGAUAACCAAAAGGAUAGUGCUCCUUUGAAUAUUGCUGAAUAUAAACCUAUCAGUGUUGGUAGAUCUAGCAAAUUUGAUUCUUACAAUUCACUAAAAUCAAAUGAGCUAACACCAUCAACUUCAAAUUUUGAUAGGUAUAAACCAGCUAGAUCUUCGUCCUUACGCUCUAGCGUAAUCACGGAGGACAUACCUUUAUCAAAAUUUGGUAAUGAAUCUAAAAAUAGUGAUUCUAACGUACCACAUAAUACAUUAAAAUUACAGAGUGCAUCAUCUGGUUUUAUGAGUAACCCAAGCACUUUAAAAAAUGAAGAAAAGAAAGUAGAAAGUAAUUCUAUAAAAACAUUAUUUGAAAUGAAGCCAGUUGUAAAUCCUUCUUUACCAUCUUUGUCUAAGAACAAUGAUGCAACCAUAGAACACAAUAAUAAUGAAAAUAAUGAUAACUUGGAACUCGAGCACGCCGAUGAUUCUGUUAUCAAGACGAAUAAUAUAGAUUCAGGAACUGGUAUGGAACCUGUUUCAAUUUUUGGCAAACCUGAAAACAGUAAAGUAGAGCAACCAUUUACUUUUGGAAAGGUGACAACUUUUGAUAGUAAAGUAGUCAAUGCUAAUUCCACUAUAUUUCAAAAUCCAAUCGCAACUCCAAUUGAGAAUAAAUCAAUAGAGGAAGAGGGGAUAAAGUUCGAAUUUGGUGAACCAAUUGCAUCCAACAUAAAAUUAAGUGACGCAGAUGAGUUAAAAGUAAAGAAAUAUACUUCGAUGUUUGUCUUUUAA